GUGAAGACAGAUGUCCGUCGUAUGAAAGGUAUCCCAUCCCUGGUGUCCAUGUUAGACAACCCUAAGAAGGAGGUACACCACGCCGCCUGCGGAGCGCUCAAAAACAUCUCUACGGACGCAGACCCUGACAAUAAGAUCGCCAUCAAGAACUGUGAUGGAGUACCGGCCCUGGUCAGACUGCUGAGGAAGACCAGAGACCAGGACCUGACCGAUACUAUCACAGGCACGCUGUGGAACUUGUCGUCUCACGACUCAGUGAAGAUGGAGAUCGUUGACCACGCUCUGCACGCCCUCUCAGACGAGGUGAUGGUAGCUCACUCGGGCUGGGAGAGAGGGAACGAGGCAGGAGGAGAGGGAGAACCUCAAACCCGACACCUGGAGUGGGAGAUCCUCACCAACACAGCUGGCUGCCUGAGGAACGUGAGCUCGGAGCGCAGUGAGGCCAGGAGGAAGCUGAGAGAGUGCACAGGAUUGGUCGACUUCGCUCAUGCCAUUGUCCAAUCACUGAUCAACCUGAAAGACGUGGACAACAAGCUGAUAGAGAACAGUAUGUGUCUGCUGAGGAAUCUGUCCUAUCAGGUUCACCGGGAGGUGCCGGGCGCUGAGCGCUACCAGGAAGCCAUGUCCCUCAACCAGGGCCCCGCCUCCACUGGAAAGACCAACCGCUUCAGCUCCGCAGGGGCAAAAGGGAGAAAUGAAGACGGAGCAGAUAUGAUUGACAUUCCAAAGAGGACUACACCUGCCAAAGGUUAUGAGUUGUUGUUCCAGCCAGAGGUGGUGCGUGUCUACACCUCUCUGCUGAAGGAGAGUAAGAACCCCACCGUGCUGGAAGCCUCCGCCGGAGCCGUGCAGAACCUGUGUGCCGGACGCUGGACCUAUGGGCGGUAUAUCCGUGCGUUGUUGCGUCAGGAGAAGGGUCUUCCCAUGAUGACAGAGCUGUUGGCCCAUGGCAACGACCGGGUGGUCAGGGCCAUGUCUGGAGCUCUGAGGAACCUGGCUAUCGACGCCCGCAACAGAGACCUGCUCGGUAAACAUGCAGUUCCCCACCUGGUAUCCAACCUGCCUGGUGGGGGUCAGAGCCAGCCUGUGAGGGCUCUGUCAGAGGAGACGGUGGUGUCUGUACUGAGCACCCUUCAUGAGGUUCUGGGCUCCAGCCUGGACGCUGCCAAGGUCCUCAGAGCCUCGCAGGGCAUCGAGAGACUGGUGCUCAUCAAUAAGGACGGGUAAGCUGGUGUGUGUGUGUGUGUGUGUGUGUGUGUGUGUG